AUGGCGCCUCUGCCGUCGGGCGCAAGUGAGGAGCGCCCUAGCGGGUCUCUCCUACACCGGAGGAGAGGACCAGAUAUCAGAGGAAGCGCCUUGUCGACAGACGCAGAGGGGGGCAAAGAAGCCAAGGCUUUUGAAGACGUAGAGGAAGCAUCUCUCUCGACAGAGCUAGAGGCUUCGACCGACGGGAGUGUCCAGGAAGAGCUAUCGAACCUGGUCGACGGCAUUGCGGGCGAAGAUGGCAGGAUCCGUCUGGAGGAUUUCGAGAAACUGUCAGGGUGUUCGCCCUCCAUUUUAAAUGCGCUACAAGAGAAACUUCCACGCCAGUGUUCGUGGAACGCUAGUCAAGUUAAAGAGGUUCUUCUUGAAGUGAUCGUUCCACACCGCAGCCGCCUCACCGCACGCAGAGAGUCACCCAGCUCAACUCCCGUCUGUGCUCAACAACUUUCCCAAGAAGGGACACAGGAAAGCCGCCCUUGUUUGCCAACUUCUGACGACUUGCCAAACAGCGGAGACCCACCUGGAGCAGACAGUCACCCCCCCUCUGUGCCAGUGCUGGAUGAAGCUGUUCCGUCUGAUGAAUCUUUUCCACUAAGAUCUACCAAAGUGCUGACUCCCUCAGGCACGCGAACACCUGUGUCGCCUUCUGCUACCUCUCCACCGUCUAGGUCAGGUACUCCCCGUGGACUCACGGUAGCAGUCCCACCAGCAUUUCACCGUUCGGUAUCGCGUCUGCAUCUGGAGCGGCUGCAAAGAGAUGCUCCUGUCUCUGCGGACUUCACGUUUAGCGCGUCAGCUGCCUUCGGACACGUCGCAAACGAUACGACCCACGGAGGAGCAGGCGACGGAACUCACAAAGGCACCGGUCAAGACGCCGGACCGGAUGUAGCAAGCGCGCACGCUCUUCGCCGUCGUGGAGGCGGCAGCCUCACGUUAAGGAGUUUCGACGAAUUACCGUCGGCGAUGAGUCGACCAGCCGGCCCAGAGCAGCAAAGUACAGCGGGAAUUCCAGAGACAGGUGCUGGGACUGGAACUGUUCCGAUAUCUCCGUUGGGGAGGCAAUCUGUUUCGUCUGGCGACGGCGGAGCAAUUGCGUCGGAGACGGUUGCGGGCGACGGAGUCACUCGGAAGAGAUCUCACGCCGUCGGCGGAUUCAGACAAGGAAUGGGCGCGGCCGAGGCGACGUUCACGCAACAGAGUCGACAUGGCCCGGGGUUUGUCGCGGGAACUUCAGGAGUUCACAAUGCCUUCCCCACUCCUGCUCCACCGGUAACAGAACGGGGUGACAGUCCUUCCUGCCUUUACCCCGAUAAUUUGGAAUAUCAGCCGAGCAGCAGUCUCUGGAGCUCUGCGAAUCGUGCACUUGAUGGCGAAGUGGCGAAGGAAAGAGCUCGAAAAGACAGUUUCUCGAGUACUCGUUCUGACGAACAAUCCGCUCUCAACAGAGCACCCAAGACGGCUGACAGGGGACAGACGUCGAAUGCCAAGGGUUAUAGCGACACCACGUUUGUGACGGCGGAGGAGGAAGCGAAUUUGGCAACAGGAAAUGAAGAUGAAAGAGCUGGAGAUAAGAUUCACCAGAGGCAUUCAGCUGAUGUCGAUGGAAGCAUUAUGCUCGAUCGCGCGCACGCAGAACACUUGAAAAUGAGCUUUCUUCAAAUGGCAGACUUCUACCUUUCCUUAUGCUACCACAUGGGCAUUCUCUUCAACCAAGAAAAGGAUCAGACGUUAGAAGAACGCCAUCAUCUUCACGAGACCCUGGACAAAUACAAGGCAAAGAUGCAACUGGUGGAGAACCAGCUGAAGAUCAACUUCGAGCUAGUGCAGCAACAACGUGAGCAGCUGGAUACGCUGGAGAAGGACAUGCAACUGCGCGAUCAUAUAGACCGAAGAAGGGAGGGUGAAAUCGUCGAACUGCAGAGCCGUUUGAAGAAAGAACACCAGGAACAUAUCGAGGAACUGCGGAAACGAGACGAGGAGGUGGAGGAGAUUCUUCGCCUCUAUGAUGCUUUAAAACGGAAGCACAGGAAAAUGUUAGAUGAGAACGCGGCCUUGCACGGUCAGCUGGAGUCAGCCGACGAGAAGAUUGCUAAUCUGACUGCGGCUGCGGCAAAGCGUAGCGCGAAUGGACAAUCACAGCACGGCCCGAAGGACAAUCCCGACGUAGCCUCGAGGACGUCGCUGGUCGAAGAAAUGGCAACUCUUCUUUCAAUUCCCUCAGUGUCGGGUUUCCGGACAUAUACGCCGCCACUACGUCGAACAGAGCGCGGUUCGCAAAAGUUCAGCUUCCACAGGUUAUCGUCGCACCAGACCGACGUUCACGCAGAGGUACGGGGCGUGUCGCUGCUUGAGGAGCUACUGAAAACCGCCAGCGAGAUGGAUCUACCCCCGGCGGAGAAGAGAGAAACAUCGUCAGAGCCUGAAACAGAGGCGCUGUUACUUCCAUCGGAACUUCGUGAAGAAGAAGCGCGUCCGAUGCCCCUGACUGUGGCAGCUCCCCAGCCAGCUCCAGUGGUUGUGCAACAGAGCGUUGUGCAAGAGGAGGAUCCGCCUUUGCCUCCUGCAGUAAUCCCUCCAGAGAGCCCCUGUGAAUCGGCGUCGCCGGCGAGGCGGUCUGUGGCUCUGUUGUCGGCAGUCUGCUUUCCUGCGGCUACAGAUGAGUUAGCGUGCCCGCCUCCAGAAGAGCCUUUUCCACACACAGCCAUAAAAACAGUGAUCAGACGGGUAUCACAUGCUCGGAAAAAUCCCUUAUUGAGGAGGUGGAGAGCACUGAAAACCCAAAGGCGGUUAGCGUCGACGCCGCAGCCACCGGAACAGCGUGAACCGAGCGUGGAACUGCUGGAUUUGUUGGAGAUCAAGGUAGAUCCAGAAAUGAAGGAGUUAUCCGGGCACCCGCGAGACCUUUGUUUCGUCACGGCUCUAGGUCGCCAGGCUUUGAGGCUACAAAUGGAGCAGUGGCAGAGAAGACGAGAGCGGCAUCGCAGUCGUCACACACCAAGUGGAAGCAUCAUACAACAGUUACUGAGUCACGAAGAUGCAGGGUGCCACUCUUGCUCCACAUAUUGUAUGUGA